CCUUCCAUUUUGUGCAGCUAAGCUAACGCCAGCUAACACCGUUUUGCGGCAGAGAUGGAUGACGGUGACGAGCCGGGUUUAGUCCUGUCGCACAGCACCUCUUCGGGCUCCAAGUCGGGUGGGGACAAGAUGUUUUCCCUGAAGAAGUGGAAUGCAGUAGCCAUGUGGAGUUGGGACGUUGAGUGCGAUACUUGUGCCAUUUGUCGGGUACAAGUAAUGGACGCAUGCCUUCGAUGCCAGGCGGAGAAUAAACAAGAAGACUGUGUUGUUGUAUGGGGAGAGUGCAACCACUCCUUCCAUAACUGCUGCAUGUCACUUUGGGUGAAGCAGAACAACCGCUGUCCCCUCUGCCAGCAGGACUGGGUGGUUCAGAGAAUCGGCAAAUAAGCACCACAUCCAGGUGUACUGUGCACGGAUGCACCAGAACAUGGUGACAGACUUCUCACCGAUCCCGGCAGUAUGUCCUGCGUUGUCCUCUCCCUUUCAAGUGCAUGUUUCCAUUAUACCUGGUGUCAAAGGAGGACAAUGGACACAGUUAGAGCUGCGCAGAUUCGUGGCUGAAGGGAUCACACUUCAAGGCGAGAAGAGUAAAGUGUGUCGGAGCGUCAUGUCAGCUUUACAUUAAUGUCUGCUGUGGUGUUUGGCACAUCGUGAAAAUGGGAUUUUCUUUUUUAAAGAUUAAGGAUUGUGAAUAACUGUGAUUCAGACACUCUAAGAAUAAAAUUCAUACAAUUCAAA